AUGCCGCCAAAGAAAGCGGUAGCGAAAAAGCCGGUAAGCAAGACCAAAAACAAUGCCGCAAAAAAGAAGCCGUCGAAAUUGAACAAGGCGAAGACGAAGCAGGCGAAACGCAAAACCGCCACCAAACAAAAACAGCAGAAACGAAGACAAAAACAACGGAAAGAUGCAAAACGUGCGACAAAAGCAAAACGAAAGGCUGCCAAGGCUCGCAAAAAAGCGACCAAGAAGAAAACAAAAAAUACAAAGAAGAAUAAAAAGAAAAGCAAGGAAGAUAAGAAGAAGAAAGAGAAGGAAUCCAAAAAAGAGCCACAAGAUGAUUCGGAUGAGGGUCCGGGUGGCGGCCGUUUCAAAAUCAAUUUCCUAUUCUCCGGACUUUCGUUGGGCGAAAUGCAAAACGUGCGGUUGGCCAUCAAAGGAAUGACAAAAGAAGAAUUUAUAGAGCAUCUAAAAAAUUUUAUGGAACAGAAAAGUGAUCAGGACAGGUAUGAGAAGGAGCUGAUGGGAACACCAGAAGAUCGAAUGGCCCUUUUUACGGACCAGGAGAAGCCAACGGAUCCCUCUGCUGGUCCCUUCCAAUCAAAUCGGUUUGGGGCUAUUUUCCUAUUACCUGGACAAUGA